CAAUUGUCUCAUCGCCAACCACACUGAUAACUCCAUCCUUCCUUUUUCUUCUAGUAGUAUUUCUUGAUUGGCCACCACAUUACUUAACCCAGUUUACACGAUCCAUUAAGCAACACCACAAUAUUAGAAACUUGAUUACCCUCUGCAAAGACAGCUAUUUGCUGUUGUAAAUUGGUUUGAUUUUCACCGUCUUUAGGAGGUGGCAGGUGGCUGUGUAAAUACUCAAAACCUACGUUUCACUGAAAACGGAAAACCUGCAUUGGAGAAUUUACCAAAAUUUGCUAUUGAGAAGAGAUUCUUUGUGGGGAGGGUCCUGGGGAUGUGGGUACUUUGCCACAGGCUCUCUUGGGCUUGUUUGGCAAGAGAUCUAUGAUUGGGUGAUAAAAAAGAAAAGACAUGGUGGUGGAGUUUCUGAGAUCUGCGGUCUAAGUAUUACGCUUUGAAUCAUCUCUUCGCAAGGAUAUUUUUGGCAUAUUAACUGAUGGCUUCUGAUCUAAACAAGGGAUUAUCUGAAGAAACGGCUGUUGGCCUAAAAGUAUGGGAACUGAUUGGGAUUGUAGUAGGUUUGUUGAUUGUAAUAAUCCUCUUAGCAUUGGCCUUCUAUCUCACUCUAAGAAAGAAAUCAAGAAGACCCAAAGACCAUCUUCCCAUUUGUCAAAUCCCUAGCGUUUCCAAAGAAAUCCAGGAGGUUCUGGUGGAGCAUAUGCCAACAAAUCAUUUUUCUCCUCGAGAUGGGGUUCUUCAUACUAUUCAUGAUAAAUCUGGUCAUAAAGAUUCAGACAAAGUUUUGGUUCAUCUCAGUUUGGGGAAAACCAAGAGUGUGGAUAAUAAUAACAACAAUAUCAGUCUUUCAGGUUCUUUUCACCUCGUGGAAAAAGAAUUUGGUGGAUCCCAUUCAGGAGAAGAAGGGUCUACGGGUGCGUUUUCCGGUUACAAACCUUGUACAUCUCAUCCAAUUGCUGCACCUUCUCCAUUAAGUGGGUUGCCUGAGUUUUCUCACUUGGGGUGGGGCCACUGGUUUACGCUACGGGACCUUGAACUUGCCACAAAUCGUUUUUCCAAAGAGAAUGUUCUUGGUGAGGGUGGAUAUGGUGUCGUUUAUCAUGGGCAACUGAUCAAUGGAACUGAAGUAGCUAUUAAAAAGCUCCUCAAUAACCUUGGUCAAGCAGAGAAAGAAUUUAGAGUGGAGGUUGAAGCGAUUGGGCAUGUGCGCCAUAAGAAUUUGGUUCGUCUUUUGGGAUACUGCAUUGAAGGAACACAUAGGAUUUUGGUUUAUGAGUAUGUGAACAAUGGAAACUUAGAGCAAUGGCUUCAUGGAGCUAUGCACCAGCAUGGAUAUCUAACGUGGGAGGCAAGGAUGAAGGUUCUCCUAGGCACAGCAAAGGCCCUUGCGUAUUUGCACGAAAAUAUUGAGCCAAAGGUGGUUCAUCGGGACAUCAAGUCAAGCAAUAUACUCAUAGAUGGCGAAUUCAAUGCAAAGGUCUCUGAUUUUGGUCUUGCUAAGUUGUUGGGAGCCGGGAAAAGCCACAUCACUACUAGAGUCAUGGGCACCUUUGGAUAUGUGGCUCCUGAAUAUGCAAAUUCUGGCCUCUUGAAUGAAAAGAGUGAUGUUUAUAGCUUUGGUGUUGUAUUGUUAGAGACUAUCACAGGACGCGACCCAGUGGACUAUGGACGUCCUGCUCAAGAGGUGAAUCUUGUGGACUGGUUGAAAAUGAUGGUUGGAAACAGGCGGUCCGAGGAAGUUGUCGAUCCAAAUAUUGGUUCAAGGCCAUCGACCCGAGCACUGAAGCGGGCCCUUUUGACUGCUUUGAGAUGUGUUGAUCCAGAUUCCGAAAAGAGACCUAAAAUGAGCCAAGUUGUUCGCAUGCUUGAAUCUGAGGAAUACCCCGUCCCAAGAGAGGACCGAAGGCAGCGAAGAAUUCGAGCAGGUGGCGGCAGAGAGAGUGAAUCACAGUUCGAGAAUUAUGAUACUGACAAGAGUGACAAUCCAGAUUCAAGAUCAGAAAGUAAAAGGAAUGAAUCAUGAUCGUCAGAUUCUCACCAUUCUAGACAGGUUAAGGUAGUUUGUAAAGUAUGUACUCGUCGAGAUAAAUAAUCGGGAGUAAUAAUAAUAAUGAUAUAAUAAUGUAUGAUUCAUUUGCAUUAAGGUUGGGUAGUAUGUGAGAGAAGGCUGGUGAGGCAUAGGCACACUUGGUUUAAGGUGUUUUUCGUUUUUGUAUUCAAUUUCUCCAUGCUCUGUUCCAUCCUGGAAUGUCCUUUCAUGUAUGAUAUAUAAUAGAUCCUUAGAUUUGUUUGUGUAUAGGACAGUUGCUUAAUUGGUAUUGCAUGAUCUUUGAUCGUUUUGUUCUCCUCCAUACUUCCAAACCAUUUCUUUUGGUAUUCUGUAACUUGGUACCAGGUCAUAGGACUGCCCG